GUCCACAAAACCAUCAUCUUUUUUCAUCCAAAUUAAAGCAUCAUAUUUUGUCUGCAAAUAAAGAAAAACAAAGCAAGAGAAAUGGCUAUGAGGCAAAGAUCUGGAGGAGUUACUGCUACCCUUCCACGACAAUCUGCCCUUUCUACACAUGAGGAUUUCGAGCCAAAGUCAGAGCGGAAGGAAGAAGCAGCAGCUACUGUUAUAGUUAUUCAUCUUCCAGGGUUUGUGAAGGAGAGAGUACAAAUCACAUUUGUGCAAACCCCUCGUAUCUUAAGAGUUAAUGGAGAGCGACCACUUGCAGACAAUAAUAGAUGGAGCCGUUUCAACCAAGCUUUUCCAGUUCCAGAAAAUUGUGACGUUGAUAAAAUUGAAGCCAGGUUUCAUCAGGGAAGUCUCACAAUCACCAUGCCCAAGAAGGGCAUUCGUCCAGCUGAAGUAGCUAAAACAAUCCAAAACCCUACAAGCACUCCAAAUUCUGGAGCAGAUCAGCCAAAGCGUCAAGAAGUUGCAGAGGAGAUUCCUCCUCCUAAGCCUACUUCAGCUAAAACAGAGCCCCAAAGAGCUCCAAGUCCUCCGAAGCCUGUUGCGGAGCCAAAGCUUCAAAAGGAUUUAGAGGAAAUUUUUCGUAAGCCUACUUUUGUGACAACAACUCAAAAAGUUCCGAGCCCUCCGAAGUUUGCGGCGGAGCCAAACCCUCAAAAGCCUACUUCAACUUCCGGGGUUGAAAAACAAAGGGAUGAGAAGAUAGCCCAGUCUCAAAGCCUUGCGAAAGCUUUUACCGAGCUAAAGGGUGCGGGAGACAUUCCAUCAACUUCAACUUCCAUAGAUGAAAGACAAAGGGUUGCUUGGAGCCCUCAAGCACAAAAGGGUCAAGAUCCAACUCCUCCAAAAGCUGCUUCAACAACAACAGAUACACAAAAGCAAAAUGACAUUGAUCAAAAGUCCAUCGAAAAGAAGGAUACAUUGGUUAAGGGAAAUGGGAAGGAUAAAGAAACAAAUGAAUUUGAGAAAGUUGUGGAAAGGAAUAUGGCCAAGGGAAAGCAAACUGUAGAGAAAAUUGCAGAGUCUGUAAUGGCAGAAAAGGCUAUCAUAAAGAAUAUUUUAGAGAAGGGAAAGGAGAAGAAAAAGGGAUCUGCAGAAACAGGAAUAACGGAGAAAAUGAAGAAUCUAGCAAACAAGAAGCUGAAUAAAGAAGAAAAGCAGAGUCUGAUAAAUGUUGGAGCAGCAGUUCUUGUGAUUGUGGCACUUGGGGUUGGAGUUUAUGCAUCCUACCGCUAUAGCUCCUCUGGAAAAGCUGAAAAAUCGUAAUUUUCAUUCUCAUAUGUUAACAUAAUAAGCAUUGAUCUGUAAUUUAUAAACUACCUCUGAGUUU